AUGUCUUCUGCCGUAGCAGAGCUCGAUGGCUACCUCCAAUCCAUGCAAAGUCUAAAGCCUCCAGGUGUAUCAGGUUCUAAGAUCGGCAGCAUCACACAGCUCUGUGUAGCCAACGUUCAGUCCGAGUCCGUUCUAGUCCAAAAGCUAUACACACACUUCAAGAGAACUCCAGGCACACACAAGUUGGGCGUCCUAUAUGUCGUAGACUCUGUAACUCGACAAUGGGUAGAGGCGGCUCGCAAGGCUGGUCAACCGCUUGGAAGCGGCGCCACUGAUGGUACAUUUGCGGCCGGAGUCAACAGAGUAACUGAACUUCUCCCGGUUCUGAUGACCGAUAUCAUAAACAAUGCACCUGAGGAUCAAAAGGAAAAAAUCAGAAAAUUGGUUGAUAUCUGGGAGCGUGGUCAAACAUUCCCUUUACCAAUGCUCGCCACAAUCAAAGAGAAGCUGAACGCUCCACCGACUAAAAACAUCGAAUCGACAACACCAGAAGGAUCACCAGCUCCUGGUGCAAACCCUCUCGCGGGGCUUCAGGGACAGGCUGCUGCUGGCGCCUCUGCAACUCCCGAUACAUCUAGUAUCUUGAAAGCGUUGGCCGAUAUGGCUAAGCAGAAUCCCUCGGCUCCAGCAGCGCCAGGGGUUCCUCAGGCUAAUCCUUUGAGUAUGCUGAGUGGUAUACCUUCGCUCCCUGCGUCAACGUCUGUAGACCAGGCUGCCCAGCCAGCGACCGGACCAAACGUAAACCCGUAUGGAAACCCUCUCGCAGCGCUAGGUAAUUUUGCGCCGAAUGGCAUGCCGCCAGCUCCUACUGCUCUGCCUAGUGCUCAAGCCAAUCCUUUGGCUGCACUGCUUCCACAAGCUGCAGCUGGUGCUCAGCAACCCGCAGCAACUAGUCCCGAUUUCCUCCAGCAGAUGCAAUUGAUACAGCUUCUUGCAGCACAAGGUAUUCCCCAGGAUCAAUGGGCAACCGCUCUUCAAAUUCUUAGCCUACAAAACAACAACCCGGCCGGUGCUGCUGGGUUGCCCAAUAUGGGCGCCGUACCAGGUGGGUAUAAUAUGCCAGACAUGAGCGGCCAGCAAGCUUGGGGCGGUCAUGAUCGUGACGGCGAUCGGGAUCGUGGUAGAGACCGAAACUUCAUGCGCUCUCCUCCAAGCCAGUACCGUCGCCGUUCGGGCUCUCCAGCAGGUUGGGACCGUCGUCGUGAAGCAUCACCCCCGCGUCGUCGCGAUAGCCCUGUGUAUGGUGAAUACGGCGGAGACUCCCCUGGCCGUCGAGGCGGCCGUCGCAAUGAUUAUCGUCAACGCAGCCCGCCAGGUCGCAGACGACGCUCGCCAUCUCCUCCUCAAAAGGACGUUUCAUUGCCUCCUCCCGGACCUAAGUUGGUUGAGUGGGAUUAUUCGAUUGGACAGGGCAAUAUCAAAGUUUUGAGCAGGACAUUGUUCGUUGGUGGUGUUACCGCUCCUGAAUCGCAUCUGCGUGCUUUGUUCAACCAGUACGGUGUGGUGCAGACGUGCAUCGUCAACGUCGACAAGAGACAUGCAUUCAUCAAAAUGAUCAACCGCCGUGAUGCAAUGACUGCCAGAGAGGGCAUGGAGACGUACAAAUCUGGCGACAUGCAAUUGCGAACUCGCUGGGGAGUUGGUUUUGGACCUCGCGACUGCAGUGAUUAUCAGACUGGAAUCAGUGUGAUACCAAUUGAGCGUCUUACAGAAGCUGAUCGCAAGUGGAUGUUGACUGCGGAGUAUGGAGGCACCGGUGGUAAGCCAAUUGAAAGCGGCAUGGUUGUCGAAGAGCCUGAUAUUGAGAUCGGUGCUGGCGUUUCAUCCAAAGCAAUUAGCCGACGCAUGGCAACCGACCAAGGCGGAAAGCGUGGACCUCAAUCAUCUCGAACCUCAAAUGACCGAUAUCAACGACGUGAUCGCGGCAUGGACAUGAACGGAGGAGGCAUGUACGGUGGCGGUGGAGAUCACGACUUUUCCAACCCGCCAAACCCGGGUGUUCCUCCAGCUGUUCCAGGCUUUGGGUUCCAGCUGCCUGGUAUGCCCAUGUUUCCUCCUGGGUUUAUGCUUGGUGGUGCACAGCCUGGAUCUGCUCCUCCACCACCUCCGGGUCAAUAA